AUGACUAUUGCUGUAAAGGACGUCACACAAGCCAUCCGUGACAACAAGCCAAUAGACAUGCACCCUCAGUUGUACAAUGUGGUCAUGGGCAUGCUUCGCUUCACCGAGGAGGAUCUCAUGGCGGUGCUGAGCCACCUCGUCAACCACAAGGGCCAGGUUACAGCUUUGCUCGAAAUAAUCACCGGCUGGACUCUUUGCUUGGCGUUCAGACUAGGCAGGAGAAGCAGUGGCCGUGCGAUCGGGAAUGGAUGGCAUCUGAAAUGGGCAGGCCAGCCUCUGCCUUGUCUGCGGCAAGUUAGAGAAUCCGCGCCGCUCACCAUUUCUUGCCGCCGACGACCCCGGGAGGAAGCGAUGGUGCCCCCGACGAUGCCGCACGGGCUCCCACCGGGCACGCUCAGCUCCGGCAUGGACCUCCUCCUCAACUUCCUCUACUCCUACCUGCCGGAACCCCCCGUCCGCACCACCGCCUCCCUCUGCUGCGCCGCCGCCGGCGACAGCGCCGACCGGGUCAGCCGCCUCCCCGACGAUCUCCUCCGCCGCGUGGUCUCCCUUCUCCCCGCCAAGGACGGCGCCCGCACCACCGCGCUCUCCUCACGCUGGCGCCACCUCUGGCGCUCCACCCCGCUCGUCCUCGUCGACACCCACCUCCUCCCCGGGGGCGACGGGGAGCGUCGGCCCGCCCACGUUGGCGCCGCCUCGCGCGCCGUCACCAGCGCCGUCUCCGCCGUCCUCGAGUCACAUCCUGGGCCCUUCCCCUUCGCGAGCCUCACCUGCAGCUUCAUGGUCCACGCCGACGACCGCCUGCUCGCGCGCUGGUUCCUGCUCCUCGCCGCCAAAGGCGUCCACGAGCUCGUCUUCGUCAACCGCCCCUUCCCCAUACCAGGCUUGCGCCUCCCUCCCGCAAUCUUCAGCUGCGCCUCGCUCCGCCGGCUCUGCAUCGGCGCCUGGGUGCUCCCGGACACCACCGCCCUCCCACGCAGCGCGGCCUUCCCCAACCUCCGCCAGCUCUUCCUUAGCUGCGUCGUCAUGGAGGCCAACGACCUCGACUUCGUGCUCGCCGUCAGCCCUGCGCUGGAGAUCCUCACGGUCACCGGAAGCCUCACCCCGUUGCGUGCUCGUCUCACCAGCCACAGCCUACGGUCCGUGCAGUUCUGCCUGUCCAUCAUGAACGAGAUCGCCGUGGUGGACGCCCCGAGGCUAGAGCGGCUCUUCCUGUGGAAAAAUUGGAACGAGCGCCACGGCUUGAGCGAUGUUAAGACCACCGUCAAGAUCGACCAUGUUUCUAAGCUGCGUGUGCUGGGAUACCUGGAGCCAGGAGUGCACUUGCUGCAGAUCGGCAACACCAUCAUCGAGGCUGGAUCAAAGGCGAGCACGCACAACACUGUGCCAAGCGUCCAGAUGUUGGCUGUGCAAUUGCAGUUCGCAUUCUGCAGUGAAGUCGAGAUGCUUCCUAUCUUCCUCAGAUGCUUUCCUAACGUUGAGACGUUGGUUGUCGAGUCUCGGGCACAUCGUGAAACGCUUAGCAACCUUAAUCUGAAGAUCUGGCAGAGAGCAAAUCCUAUCGAGUGUGUCCAGUCGCACCUCAGGACUCUGGCUUUCCAUGAGCUACAAGGGAGGCACAAUGAGUUUGAUUUCCUCAAGUUCAUCGCAGAGAAUGCGCGGAAGCUGGAGAGGAUGUUCAUCGUGAUGAAAAGUGAGCUAACCUAUGCCGAGAGGCAAGUGGUGUUUGCCGGAGUUGGUGCCCUUUAUUCUGCUCAUUGGGCUAGUAGGGACUGCACCGUGCAAUAUACGAUCAGUAGCUUGCCUGUUGGAAGUAGUACCUGGAACUUCCCAGCGGGAUCAGAGUUGUCUCUUGAUGAUCCUUUUGAGGCAUUCCGUGAAGACUAGGCGCUGCUAUGCUGGGUUGGAAGUGUUGUGUCGCAGUAUCCUGUCUUGACGCUGAUUUCAGGUGUUCGAACUUUGGAAUGUGUUCGCUGAUGUCUGCUGAACAGGGUUCUACUUCUUGUAGCUGAUUUAUUCGCUAAAUUUAUGUAGUACUAUAUUCCAUGGAGAGUCUGCCUUCUGUUGCUACUAUCUGAAUGCUGACUAAUAUUCGCAGUUUCAUGUGAUUUAGGUGAUGUUACAUUACGAAAUUUGUGCAAAGUACCCGGGUCAUAUUUCUGAA